AUGCACAUCGAGGAGGCUUCAGAGAUGCCUCAGGAAGCAAUCCAGGCGGAGUCCCAGGAGGCUCUGGGCGCCAUCAUCGAGGACCUCCAGGGCAUGACCCUCAAGUAUUCCACUGCGCGGCCCGUACUGGGCCUGGGGGUGGACGACAUCGACGCGUUGGAUGCCUCCAACCCCCUGGCCUGUGUGGACUACGUCGAGUCUCAGUACUCGCACUACCGGGAAAAGGAGUGCCGCCCAGGCUAUGACCCGGGCUACAUGAAGAAGCAGCCUUACAUAAAUGUACGGAUGCGCGCCAUCCUGGUUGACUGGCUGGUGGAGGUACACUACAAAUUCAAGUGCUGUCCCGAGACGCUCUACCUCACGGUCAAUCUCAUCGACCGCUUCCUGGACCGGAAGCAGGUGCCUCGGCCCAAGCUCCAGCUCGUGGGGGUGACCGCCUUUCUGAUCGCCUGCAAAUACGAAGAGAUCUACCCCCCGGAGGUGAAGGAGCUAGUCUACAUGACUGACGCCGCCUAUACGCGGAAGCAGAUCAUCGAUAUGGAGGCCUUCAUGCUGGCCACGCUCAAGUUUCAGGUCACAGUCUGCACCACCCACUGCUUCCUGGUCCGCUUCCUCAAGGCGGGCCACGCGGACAACAAGCUCUACUUCCUCGCCUCCUACAUCGCGGAGCGCACACUGCAAGAGGUGGACGUCCUCUGCUUCCUGCCCUCCAUGGUCGCCGCCGCCGCCGUUUACCUGGCACGGAAAAACUGCGGAAUGCGAUCCUGGUCGCCCACCUUGAACCACUACACCAAGUACAGCGAGGACGCUCUCCUUCCUUGCCUGCGCGUCCUUUCACCGUGGCUGAACUCCAGGUCCCAGACCCUGCAGGCCAUCCGCAAGAAGUACGGAGCGGCUAAGUUCAUGAUGGUCUCAUCUCUGGAGUUGACGGGAGUGGUGUAA